AUGCGUCUCUAUCUCCUCCCCAUAUCGACGCGGCGGACGCUGCUCUACGCCCAACGACUCAACAUCAAUACCUCAACAGCCCAAAAGUCGUACCUCGACAAGGCUGUCAACUACGCAGCCAAGACAUGGGCGGCUUGGGAACAGAAAGACUCUGGCUGGCAGCGCAAGGUGGUUGACUACGGCAACCAGGCCCUGCGACGGAUACCGUAUGAAGAAUGGGGCUUGAAGAGCGUCCCGCCAUUGUCGGCGAGGCGACAAGCGGAGGAGAUUCGCGGCCAGGAGAAGAUCCAGCUCGUUUUCCCUGCAAGCGCAUUGCCCGUGCACAAAGUGCAGGGCGUGAUCCAAACGUUGGCGACAGAGAGGGAUGGGCUGCACAGGAAAAGGCUGUUGUACUGCAUCGUCGGCAUGCCGUUGACAAUACCCAUCGGCAUAUUACCAGUGAUACCCAAUUUGCCCUUCUUUUACCUGGUGUAUCGCGCCUGGUCGCAUUGGAGAGCAAUAUUGGGGGGGAAGCACGUCAAGUGGCUCAUCGACAAGCAGCUCCUGCAGACCGCGCCCUCCAGCGCAUUGGAUACACUGUACAGCGACCAGGUCAAGCAGUUCACGGAGACACUAGGCAUACCAGCCCUGACCGUUGAGCUCGAGCGCGCCAUAUGGCAAGUCGAGACGGACAUUAGGAAGAAAGACGAAGAAGAAUCAAAAGCUCAAGCAGCAACGCGGAUAGAGGAGGUGAAAGAAGACAAGAACAAGGAUCACAUCUUCCUCCAGAAAUGCAGCGACCUAAACAGCCGCACCGGCCAGAGGAGCCUCACGUAG